AUGACUGAAUACAGAGAAUUGACACUCAAUGCUCCUGAAGGCAUCACUGCAGGACCUAUUGAUGAAAACAAUUUCUUUGAAUGGGAAGCUUUGAUUGCAGGACCUGAUGGCACACCUUUCGAAGGAGGUUUAUUCCCAGCAACUUUGACGUUUCCCAAGGAUUAUCCACUAAGUCCUCCUACCAUGAAGUUCACGUGUGAUUUCUUCCAUCCUAAUGUCUAUGCCAAUGGAACAGUAUGCAUCUCAAUCCUUCAUCCUCCUGGUGAUGAUCCCAACAUGUAUGAAAGUAGCUCAGAACGAUGGUCUCCUGUACAAAGUGUAGAAAAGAUCUUAUUAAGUGUGGUCAGUAUGUUAGCAGAACCCAAUGAUGAAAGUGGCGCCAACGUAGAUGCUUGUAAAGUAUGGCGUACGGAUCGUGCAAGGUAUGAUGCUAUUGUACGUGAAAAUGCAAGAAAGACUUUAGGAUUGUAA